GAAAACUUUUCAUUCCAAUUUUGUUUCCAUGGCGCAACAGAACCAACGACCAAUCUCAAACCGUUCCAUCUCUCUCCUCAACCGCAACGGUCUCCUCCUCCUUCUCCUUCUAGGUCUCUUCGUUAUCCUAGGUGUGUUCCUACCUUUAACAGGAUCUUCCUUAUUCCUGUCUCCAGACACAACAUCUUCUUCUCUUUCUCCUUCUCCUUCUUUAUCGGUCUCCGACUGGAGCGACUAUUCCCUUGCUCAAGCCGUUAAGUUUGUGGCUAAGAACGAGACUGUGAUUGUAUGUGCCGUUAGCUACCCUUUUUUGCCUUUUCUCAACAACUGGUUGAUUAGCAUUUCUAGACAGAACCAUGAAGAAAAAGUUCUUGUAAUCGCUGAAGAUUACGCUACUUUGUACAAAGUCAACGAAAAGUGGCCUGGUCAUGCCGUCCUCAUUCCUCCAGCGUUGGAUCCUCAAGCCGCACACAAAUUUGGUUCCCAGGGUUUCUUCAAUCUGACAUCUCGGAGACCACAACAUCUCUUGAACAUUUUGGAGCUAGGUUACAAUGUUAUGUACAAUGAUGUUGAUAUGGUCUGGCUACAAGAUCCGUUUCAGUAUUUACAAGGAAGCCACGACGCAUACUUCAUGGAUGACAUGAUUGCGAUUAAGCCUUUGAAUCACUCUCAUGGUCUACCACCUCGGAGUCGAGGUGGAGUGACUUAUGUAUGUAGCUGCAUGAUUUUCUUGCGUUCCACGGAUGGCGCAAAGCUUCUAAUGAAGACAUGGGUUGAGGAAAUUCAAGCUCAACCUUGGAAUAACACCCAAGCAAAGAAACCACAUGAUCAGCCUGCUUUUAAUCGGGCACUUCACAAAACAGCUAAUCAAGUAGAUGUCUACUUGCUUCCGCAAUCAGCUUUCCCAUCAGGAGGAUUGUACUUCAAGAAUGAGACAUGGGUUAAUGAGACAAAGGGGAAACAUGUCAUAGUUCAUAAUAACUACAUUAUCGGUUACGAACGGAAAAUGAAACGCUUUCAAGACUUUAAUCUAUGGCUAGUCGAUGACCAUGCUCUCGAGUCCCCGCUGGGCAUAUUAAAGUAAAAAUUUGAAUGCACCAAAAAAAUUCCCUCUCUCUUUUUGAUGUUAUCUUGAGACUAAUCAAUAUCAAUUCUUUGC